AUGGGUUCCAUCACGGCGCCGGGUGAUCUGAAAGCAGACUUACCAAGGGACUUGGAGCCAUUUUGUGUGGUCCCCACCCUCCUCGGCUUCCAGGAAUGGAGUCGUGUGUUGAUCAUUGCCUCCUUUCCUUGUCUUCUCCUCCUCUUAGUCCUCUUCCAAGUCCUCUUGCUCGGAGGUCUCCUGAGUGCCAAGAGGUUCCCAUGUUACCCUGAGUAUUGCCUUCACGACCCAGACUACGAGGAGCUCCUGAAAAUUGUCCAAGAUGGGUUGGAACCUGCCACUCGUCCAGCCCACGUGGUCAUCGUCGGGGCAGGGAUCAGUGGGCUGACAGCAGCGAAGCUUCUCCAAGAUGCUGGCCACAAGGUGACUAUCCUGGAGAGGAGCAACAGGGUGGGUGGGAGGAUCAUGACCUACCGGCCCGAGGGUCAGGAUUGGUACGUGGAGCUGGGAGCCAUGCGCCUGCCCAGCAAGCACAGGCUGGUCCAUGAAUACAUUCGUCAGUUUGGUCUGAAGCUCAACCCCUUCCUCCAGAACGACCCCAACACGUGGUACCUCGUGAGGGGCACUCGGGCCCGGACCAAGGACGUGGAUCGGAACCCUGAUGUCCUCAACUACCCCGUGAGGCCAUCAGAGAAAGGCAAGAGUGCUACCCAGCUCUACAGAGAAACCCUGGGCAAGGCUUUCAAGACCUUCCAGGCAACAAACUGCAAGAAAUUCCUGGCUGAAUAUGACUCCUACUCCAUCAAGGAGUAUUUGAUCAAAGUGGGAAACCUGAGCCGAGGAGCAGUUGAGAUGAUUGGUGACCUGAUGAACGAGGACUCGGGGUUUUAUUUGUCCUUCCUCGCCUCACUGUGGGACUUUGAUGUCUUCUCUGACGAGAGGCUUGAGGAAAUCACGGGGGGCUUUGACCUCCUCCCCAAAGCCUUCCACAAAGCUCUGCCCAACGUCGUGCAGUUCAACCGCAAGGUGGAGAAAAUCCUCACCAAAGGAAACAAAGUCCAAGUCUUCUACCAAGCUCCAGGAACUCCAUCCCCAAGCAGCGUGACCGCCGAUUAUGUCCUGGAAGACCUCAAGAAGGCUCCAACCCAUGGUUUAUCCUCCUCGGCCUUCUCCAAGGGUUUGGCCAAGCCAACGGUGAAGACACCACCACCUUAA